CCUCGUACGGUGACCACGAAGAUCCCUAUCCAAGCCUCAGUGACUUCCACGAUUACGAGCCUAAUUUAGAAUUCGACGAUACGGAACUACAGAGCGCCAGCUCCGUCACUGAUCUGCAGGAACUUGUAGCAGAAGCGCCAGACUACCUGGAGUCACCUGUGUCAGACGGCACUAUAGAGGAGAACUUUGAGGCUGAGUUAGGCAGCGCUCUCAGGGAGGAGGAUGAGCAGGCACUCCAUCACACCUUCACUGAUGAUAACGACUUCACAGACAUUGCCCGUCAUGGCAUUGUCGACAUCGUCGGGGAUGACACCUACGGCAGGAAGGUCAUAGUCGUCUCUGCCUGUAAACUGCCCAGUAAUAAAGUUUUCAACCAUGAAAAAUUUCUCAAGUACCUGAUGUUCACCCUGGACCAGUAUGUGGAGCAAGACUAUUCCUUGGUAUAUUUCCACUAUGGUCUCAAUAGCAAAAACAAACCCCCAGUCUCGUGGUUGUGGUCGGCUUACAAAGCUCUGGAUCGCAAGUACAAGAAAAAUCUCAAGGCUCUCUACUUGGUCCAUCCCACUAAUUUUAUCAGAGUUGUGUACAAUAUCUUUAAGCCUGCUAUUAGUGCCAAGUUUGGCAGGAAGGUGAUGUAUGUAAACUACUUACAUGAACUACAACAACAUCUUCACCUUGGUCAGCUUCCCAUUCCACAACGUGUUCAGCAACACGAUCAGCAACUCCUUGCCAAACUGAAGAACCUUCCUAAAACUCCUGGUGUGGGCUCCAACAAGCCUUUACCCACACAGCAGUUUGGUGUAUCGUUACAAUACAUCAAAGAUGCAAAUGAUCAGGACCCAAUUCCUCCUGUGCUGAAAAAUUGCAUUACCUUCCUUGAUCACCCAGAUGCUCUGGAGACGGAAGGGCUGUUCCGUCGAUCUAGUGCAGCAGUCGUGGUAAAAAGCGUACAGGAACGUUUCAAUAAAGGCGAAGAAGUGAAUUUUGAUUUAGACACCGAUGUACACACAGCGGCAGUCAUCAUUAAAACUUUCCUGCGUGAACUGGAAGAGCCAUUAAUGACGUUUGAUCUCUAUGAUGAGGUUAUCCAGUUUCAAAGUCUUAAUAAGAGUGAUCGUCUAACUACUAUCAAACAGAUAAUAUUGGAAAAGUUACCAGAGGAUAACUACCUCGUACUAAAGUUCCUCACAAACUUCUUAGCAAAGGUAAUGGACCGAAGUGACUUGAACAAAAUGACAGCAAGCAACCUAGCUGUGGUAUUUGGGCCUAACCUUGUACGACCACGAGGUGGACAGAUGUCACUCAAUGCUAUUGCUCCCAUCAACCUUUUUGUUGAGGUUAUGUUAUCUUACCAUCAUCAAAUCUUUGCACUCUGAAGAUGCAAAACUGUCAUUACAAUGCAAAUAAAAUAUUAAUAUCAACCGAGAUUUACGUAGGGGGCAUGACUCACGAAAUUGUAAUGACACGAUUGCAAACAAACCAUACCAUGGGUGGGGUUUGAACCCGCGAUCAGAGACUCUCUGAUCACGGGUUCAAACCCCACCCGUGUUAUGGUUCGUUUUACAUAGGGGGGUUGGGGGUAAUCAUGCAUUUUUAAAUAUUCUUUCAGUAAAAUUUAUUAUUUUACUAAAACCCAGAUAUCCAAGGGAAGGUAAUCAACAUUAGCCUUAGAGGCGGAUAUGUCAUUACUGAUUUUUUGCAGUUUUAAUACAUUCAAGUCAUUCCUGAUACCACUCAUCAUUACCAAUCACUGCUAAGAUUCUGUAUUUUGUUUGUGACUGUCAGUAGAAAAGACAGUUGUAUAUCAAAGACUACAGUGGACCCCCGCAUAACGAUUACCUCCGAUUGCGACCAAUUAUGUAAGUGUAUUUAUGUAAGUGCGUUUGUACGUGUAUGUUUGGGGGUCUGAAAGGAAUAAUCUACUUCACAAUAUUCCUUAUGGGAAUAAAUUCGGUCAGUACUGGCACCUGAACAUACUUAUGGAGUGAAAAAAUAUCGUUAACCGGGGGUCCACUGUAUAGUAUUAGCAUUUUUAAUGGAGAAAUUCAUAAAUCAAUCGUAAAGCAAAAUAAACUUGUGUAAACUAUCUGGUGCAUCAUAAUACCUACACAUUGUCCAUAUUCCAGAAAAUUAUUUUUGACAUUCAAGAGGUUUCUUGUUACCAGCUAAAUCAAACUUUUAAUUAUUUCUCAGUACCACCUGAUACUUAGUGUUAUAACAAAACCUUUGUUAUGACGAGAAUUGGUGGGAGUUUGUGUACCUCAUUUACCUAUGCUAGACUGUAUCCUAGACUUGGAAACUACAGACAUGCUAUGUCUUAUAUAGUUCAUGUUGAUUUUGAACUUAAGAUCACCUGGUGUAGUUAUUAUAAUCGAAGAAAGUGCUAUACUGACAAGGGUCACACUUGUGGCUCUUGUCAGGGAGGGUCGGCAGAUGUUCACUCUGGAAAAAAGAUGAAUCUUCAACCAUUUUUAAAAAGAAAAGGUAAGUGAUUGUUUUAUAAAGAAUAUAAGACAAUAUUAAAGUUGUGUGCAUAGUGAGAGUGCUGAGACCAAGUCUACAUGACGGUGAAUUUAGUUAAUUUAAAAUUUGUUUCUGUUAAAAGCUUUCGAAUGAUUAUUAUUUUUGUAAUUUACUGAAAUUUCAUGCAGUUAUGAUUUUAUCAAUUUUUUUUAUUGUGGAAUUAAUCAACAUGUUAGUUUCUUGAGCAGAAAUCACACCUACUUACAGUCUAAGCAUAAUUUUUACUGUUUAUAUAUACAUAUAUACUUAAUGUCAGUGUAUGAAUAUAUGCAGUGGUAGUCGGGCAAUUUGAAAUAUAUAAUUUUCUUUAAGGUUAUGUAUUUUAUAUUAAUACUAUACUGUUUUGUGCAUUAAAUUUCAGCUGGCCAUGUUAAAUUUGCUGUUACAGCCUUAUCGCUUUCCAAUGUUAUACUGGUUAUCUGCAGUCACACCUUUCUUGUAACUAGUUAUUGUUUAGUAUAUUUCUCCAUUCCAUUAUAAACCCAAAUGUCACUAGCAAGUGAGGUAACAUUUUUGAUAUGCAGCCAGUGACUGAAGGUUGGAGCAACACUGUUUCUCACGUACUGUAUUGAAGAACGACUGGAGGCAAGCACAACUGCCUCAGUCUCUCUCGCAAAAACUAAGUGAGCACGCUUUCCUUUAUAAAAAGCUGCACAUAUACAUAUAUGUAGCUGUAAACCAAAGACAUCAUAGUUAAAUUUAGAGAAUCUCUUUAAAAUCGUAAUUAAUUUUUUGUAUAGAAAAAAUAUAAAAAUGAUAAAAUACCAUUUUUUCAAGUAUCCUUAUUAGAAUCUGCAAAUCCAUCAUGGAAGCAAGCUAGAAACCAUAUACCAAUUAUCGUAUUUCAUAACGAAUAAAACCAUAUACCUGUGUGAAACUGUUGUGAGCUAAAUUAUAUAGUAAAGUCUAUCAUAUCCAGUGUUCCAAUAACAGACUUAUGAUAUACAUUUCCCUUUAUAAAAUUUAGAGUUCAAAAAUAAAAAUAGUGUGACAUUGAUGUAUCUGUUAAUGGUUCUAUGGAUAAUCACAUUUCUGUUAGGUAAAAGAACAUAAAUGCAACUAAUGUGACAUUUGUCAAGUCAUUACAGCUUGACAAAUGUCACAUUAGUUGCACUUAUGUCCUUUUACCUUACACAUUGUCGGUAAUUUUAGCAAUAUUAUUACGAUCACAUUUUCCUUCCCCACACCCUAGCAGGUCUCCUAAAUUAUAAAUGUAUUACAGGAAUAUGAACCAUUUUAAAUUUUUCUUUGAGUGUGUAGUAUAUUGCCAAUCAUUGUACGAGUGAACACACCACCAUAAAGCAGUAUAUUAUAGCCCAAAUAUCUGACAUGGCACUUGCAAUAUCAGCUAAAACUAUAUAGUAGGUGUAUACAAGAAAAUAGAUACAGUAGGGCCCAGACUUAUGUUUUACACUUACAACAUUAAUAUUUCAGGAGUAAUGAAUUUUUCCAAAAUGUACUCCUAAUUUUGUGUACGUAUAAAGCUAACAUUUAAUUGGUUAAGAAUAGAUUUAAUACACAAAUAACCUGCACAUAGAAGAGAGGAGCUUACAAUGAUGUUUCGGUCCAACUUGGACCAUUUACAAAGUCACACUAACAAAAAGGAGAGAGUAUAUAUAGGAUAGCAAACAGGGACGGGACAAGAGAGGUAAUAGUGGAGUCAAUCAAAUGCUAAGAGGAGCUAGGAGCCCACAGAGGGGGAAUAAUAAAAGAUAAAUACCCAAGGCAGAAGAAAGAAUUAGGUUAAGUCACGGGUGUUGUGAAUGGGAAUCUAAUUCCUUGAUAUUCAUGUCCACUGCUGAGAUACAGGUUUUGCCUUUUCCGUGUACCGCAAGCCUAUGCACAGUGGCAUGUACAUUCACUACUUCUGUCAAGAAAAGUGUUCUUAUCUCCUUCUUUCUCUGCGCUUGUGAUCCUCAGUUCCUCGAAUGAGAAAUUUCCACUCUUCAUAAUUCAUUUUUCCAUCUUGGCUACCCUUCCCAUUUCAUAGACUCUGCCUUCUCACGUGCUAAAUGGAUUUUCUUCUCUACUCCUGUCCUCUGCCUUCACUACAUUUGCACUUUUUCUAAUCUCAGCAACUCUCUCUGUUCCUUAGACAUCAAACUUAAUUUUUGCACUAAUCUAGUUCAUACCUCUCCUCCCUCUAUAGAUGCUCCUGGUGUCUACUCUCUUGUUCCUCCUGUCCUCUUCAGUACUUUGGAGAAACUGGCUGAUCCCUUUCUGACAGACUUAGGGAGCACAAAAGUAGUGUUAGGUUUGCCAACACCAACAGUGCUCUUUUCUGUCAUGUCAGAUAUCACAGCCAUCCUAUUAACUGGUCUUCUGCUAAAACUGUCUACCCUACUUCCAACUUUCACAGUUAGGUUGAAUCCUUCCUUGUAUGAAUCUUAGUCCUGGCUUUGUCUCUGUAGAUGCCUUCCUUUCCCACUACAUUGUAAAUUACUCCAAACUUCAGAACACCCAUGACAUUAACCUGAUUCAUUUUUCCUCUUUCUCCUGCCCUUGGGUAUUUAUUAUUUCCCCCCCCCCCCCCUGUUUGGGCUCCUAACUCCCUUGCAGUGCUCCUCGUUCUUACUAUUACCUGUCUUGUCCGUCCCUGUCUGCUGGCCUAUAUAUACUCCCUCCUUCUCGUUAGUGUACUUUGUAAAUGGUCCAAGUCGGACAGAAACAUCGUUGUAAGCUCCUCUCUUGUAGGUGAGGGUUAUUUGUGUAUUAUUCCAGUCAUGGUAUUGUGCCUUUUUGUUAUUUAUGGACCCUGCAGGUAAGCGUCUUAUUCUUUCCAACUUUUUUAAUGUUCUUCCUUCUUUUAGACCCCUCUUUUGUCAUUAUGAGGCUGCUCUUAUUGCUACCAGGCGUCGUAAGAAUCAUCUUCACUUUGUACAUGACUGUCUUGCCCUUUUCCAGAAACCCAACCCACUGGGCACUGCCUUUCCUGAUCAUGCCCGUCUCCUACUUCAACAGCUCAUUCUUUCUACUGAGUCUCGGGCGCGGAGGAGUGGUGUUUCUCUCGUAUAUCAUUUUAAUUAAGUUACAAAGUGCAGAAAUGGAGAGAAUGCUAAGCACGGAGAGAGCAAAAUCCAUUAUGAGGACAUUUCAAAACAGUGCCUACUAUGUGGACGGAGGGAUACAUUUCAGCAAGCAAUGCAGAGCAGAGUUUACCAUUACUGUAGGGCUUCAAAGUUUAAUGCUGUUGUUUUGCAGCAAGGAGAUGAACAGCGAGCAUGCAGUAUGUGAGAACAGUCAGUCAGGCACCCAUCAGAAAAAUUUAAGACAAAAAAAGAUGACCCAGGAUUUUGAGUUUAUCGAGCAGUACCAGCAAGAUACAUUACAGUACAAGCUGGCCAUUAGUCACAUCGAAGCUAUUGGGUUACAACUAGUUGAAGAAUUUCUUGAAACAGAUGAAUUCAUCCUAUUUCAAGUGCAAUUUAUGUGGUGCCCAUAGACUAUUAGAACCUAUGUAUUGGCACCAAACACACAGAGAAAUGUAUUAAUUUACGUGUUGAUCAUCAGUCAUGUCUUCAAAGACUCGAGAAGAAUAUCGACAAUUUGUAAUCAUACCUGAGGGUCAGCGCAUCAUGGACAUUAAAGCAAUUAUUGGCCAAGACUUCGAUACAAGUAGGUAAAUCAUAAACGAUAUUUCCGAGGAAAGCUUGCUGGCAGGGAUAUAUAUCAACCUGUGUGUCCAAGAGAUGCUAAACUCAAGGAAGCUCCAGAGAGUGACUGCAAGGUGAACAAAUUUAAAGCAAAACUGCCUUCAGGUGAUGUACUUGGAACACAAGCACUCUCUGACAAGUCAGUGCAAUGCCAAAACAAAGUUGCCAAGGAGCCUUUGGAAAACAUCAUGUUAAAACUUAAUGCAGUACUUCUAGAGGAUCAACCCUGCCAUGCAAUCAAGAGCCCAGAAGCAAUGUUCCACUUAGCAGUAACACUGCAUGAAGUCAUAAAUUACAGAGCAAGAAAUACUGUGGAUGCUAAGGAGAGAGAAAAACAAGAUGAACUUAAGUAAGGUAUUAGGUUGGGUGAAAAAACGACUGCUGCCCAGUGUUCAGGGUUUUGUAGCCAAAAAAUCUGUACAGUAAGAGCCUGAUCCACCAGGAGGCCUGGUCUCAGACCGAGCUGCAGGGGCGUUGACCCAUGAAACCCUCUCUAGACGAUGCCUUUACUCUCCAUCAGUGUCAACAUGCUCUCUUCCACAAGAUUUCUUUAACCUUCUCACUACCAUUGUGUGCCUGAAUUCAUUCUUCUAAACUACAGAAUAAACUUUAAUGUCUCAUCUCAGAUAGCCCUUGGUCUAAAUUCUCCCUCACCGACUGUGUUACUAACUUGUCUUCUGUCUCACUCUCUCAGAAUGAGCUUGAACUUCUUGGUUUUGGCCUUUUCUUUGCCACUUAAUCAACCCUUUGCACAGGUAUUGACUUGAUUAACUCUUUUCGUCAGUAUCGCUCUCAUAAUUUUCCUGCUCUUGAUAGUCUGUUUUCUAAGAACCACCACCUUCCUCGCUGCUAUCAACUUCCCAUUUCUUCUCUUAAAUCUAACACUAACAUUGUCAUAUUAUCUUCUGAUGAAGAUAAUUUGGUAGUUAUCCUUGAUUGUGAGGAUUACCUCCAUAAAGGUGAAGCCCUGCUCCCUGACUCAUGUACCUACACUCCUCUCAAUAAGUAACUAAGGACUCUCUCUCCCUGACUUUGACCUUGUUCAACAUUUUCAUGUCAUCUGUCCCUCUCAAAACUCAUGAACCUGAUCUUCCUCUGCAUCCCAUCAUAUCCUCUAGAGGUUCUGUCUCUUGCUUCUUGGCUGGCCAAAACCCUCACUCCCUUUCUUGGUACUUUUUCUCCUGCCCCUUCCCCCCUAUGUCACUCUCAGGACUUCAUUGAACGGGUUCGCUCUCUCCUGACCUGUACGAUGGUUAGUCUUGACAUUGAGUCCCUCAUGUCCUUAAUUUUCUCAGAGAGAAAGCCAAUGAAGGUUUACUUCAUGUCCCUAUACCUACUGAUGUCUUUCUUGAUCUUAUCCACCUUUGUGUGGACUCAAAUUCCUUUCCUUGCAAGGUAAAUAUUAUUCUCAAACCUUCGGUGUUGCUAUGGGCUCUCCUGUUCUUGCUAAUCUUUACAUUAAAUACUUUGAGACUUCUUAUUCCUACUGAAGAAUUGAGACACUUAUGCAAAUCUUUAUUGAAGAAACGUUUCUCCACACAGUGGCUUCAUCAGUCCUAUACAAAGCAGGAAGGUAUAAGGAGUUUAAAAUAAUCAGUCCAUCAAUCUUGUAGGAAGUACAGCACAGGACUGUAGCAGUGGCUUAUAUACUGUAGUCAGGUGAGGCAAAGCAGGAGAAGUCAUAACGGAACCAUCCACUAGUCUGUCUUCGUCUAAAGGUUGGACAAGUUUUGAAGAAUUCUUUGUAUCAAUAUCCCAUAAUAAUGCAGUGUCUGGCAGAUGUGAUGGUUUUGAAAACCAUUCCCACACACUGCAUCAUUAUGGGAUGCUGAUACAAAGAAUUCUUCAAAACUUGUCCAACCUUUGGAUAAAGACCUACUACUUAGACUAGGAGAUGGUUCCACUAUGACCCCACCUCCAGUAUAUAAGCCACUGCUACAACCCUGUCCGCUGUAUAGCCCUUGUGGCUUAGCGCUUCUUUUUUAUUGUAAUAAUACAACCCUGUGCUUUACUUCCUACAAGAUUGAUGGACUGAACACAUCGACUUAAGGCUGAGGCGCUGAUUACCUCAAACUAUUGCUCUCCUUAUACCUUCCUGCUUUGUAUAGGACUGAUGAAGCUACUGUGUGGCAAAACAUUUCUUCAAUAAAGAUUCCCACACAUUGCAUAAGUGUCUCAAUUCAACUUUGUUUUAAAAACCAUUCAUCACACUUAUUCCUACUAUUGAUGUGUGACCUUCACUCUGGCUCCACUAUAUAGAUGACAUCUCUGCUCUCAUGACUAGUGUCUUCCAAUCAUUUCUUGAUGCUCUUAAAAAUCUUGUUCUUUCCAUUAAGUUUAAACCUGAAUGAGAAUCUAAUUCCUUGAUGUUCAUGCCCAUUGGUCAGAUAUAGGUUUUGCCUUUUCCAUGUACUGCAAGCAUAUAUAGUCACUACUUUUCUUAUAAUGCUUCCUUUGUCAAGAAAAAUAUUAACUCCCUUUCUCUGCAUUUUUGAUUCUCAGUUCCGUGAAUCAGAAAUUUCCACUCUUCAUAAUUCAUUUUCCCAUCUUGGCUACCCUUCCCAUUUCACGUGCUAAAUAGAUUUCUUCUCUACUCCUGGGAAUUCUCCUGUCCUCUGCCUCUAAUCUCAGCAAUGCUCUCCAUUCCAUAGUUAUCAAACUUAACUUUUUGCACUAAUCUAGUUCAUACCUCUCCUCCCUCUGUAGAUGUUCCUGGUGUCUACUCUCUUGUUCCUUCUGUCCUCUGCAGUAACUGGCUGAUCUCUUUCUGACAGACUUAGGGAGCACAAACGUAGUGUUAGACUUGCCAACACCAACAAUACUCUUCUGUCAUGUCAGAGAUCACAUUAUUAAUCAAGGGAGAAGCGCUAAACCCAGAGAAUUAUACAGCGCCUGUGGGGGGGGAUGGAAGGUGUUCAGGGAACUGGAGCACAGAUCCAGUACCCCUCACCAGCAUCAAGGAACUUUCCUUGAGGGGUCAGAAAUCACAGCCAUCCUAUUAACUGGUCUUCUGCUAAAACUUUCUACCCUACUUCAAACUUUUACAUUCAAGUUGAAUCCUUGUCUCUGUAGAUGCCUUCCUUUCCCACCACAUUGUACGAUGCUCCAAACUUCAUGACAAUCUAAUUCUUUUUUCCUCUUUCCCUUUAGGUAUUUAUUCUCCACCCCCCCCAGGUGGGCUCCUAGUAGUGCUCCUCUUUCUUAGUAUUUGACUGACACCAUUACUAUUACCUGUCUGCAGGCCUAUAUCUACUCCCUCCCUUUUCGUUAGUGUGACUUUGUAAAUUGUCAAACUUGGACUGAAAUGUCGUGUUUAGCUCCUGUGUGUGUGGGCUAUUUGUGUAUUAUUCAAAUGACGAUAUUGUGCCUUUUUUUAGUUAAUAGAUUUAGCAUUUUCUUAAGGUUGAAAUAUAAAUAUAAUUUUCGAUUAGUGUUUUACCAAAAAUAGACAAUACCAGUGGAUUUUUUUUUUUAUUUGCUAGAGAUUAGUUAAGAAAUGCAGAUUAAAUAUGUGGUAUAGCCACCACACCAUUGCUACCGUGUAAUGGAUGCCAGUCAUUAAUCAAGGAAGUCUGACCUCAGGUUGGGUUGCUAAAGCAGAACGACCAUUGAAACUAAUCAGAGGUGUGUGUAUAUGUGGUUUAGCAAGAUGUGUGAGCAAACACUAGGACAUUGAUCAGAAAAUGUUUUGGUCCUGGGACCUUAGAAGUGAUCGAAGUCAGUAUCUAUUACCAAAGUUUAUAGCAUACCAUAAAUGUAAAAUAUUCAUGAAGAAAGGAAUUACUGAUAUAUCAAGUAUUUAAUUUAAUGAAGAAUAUUAUUUCAUGAUUAAGCAAAGAAAUUUUCAUAGUAUAAUUAAUAUUACUAAACCAUACUGGUACAAGAUACUGACACUAGUAGACACACCUGCAAUUAUAUGUGAUCCUUUACUGAGGGCAUUUAGCUCACUAAGUAUGUUCUAUAAUGCUUAAACACAGUAUCACCAAUAAAGAAUUCCAUAUACAAUAACUACAUGUUUUUAUAAUUACAAAACUGUGGAUUUCCUCCUUAUUAACCUGAUUCUUUUCAAUCCCAUCAAAGAAUAAUGAAAAAUUAUGUAGGUGAAGAGUGUGGCAGUAUAUAUGACUCAUUUCAAUUUGGAGGAAGGCUAAGCUUAUAUCUUGAUCUUUCCUCUUAACUUUUCAUCAGUAAACCUUAUACAUCUAUUUUUGAAUCCCUGUAUAACAUCUACUGUGUCACUAUUCAAUUCUUACCACUAACAUUAAAGAAAUGCUUCUUAAUAUUUGUUAUGUAAUACAGAGUUAUUAACAGUAUAACGAAUAUAUUAUGCCCUCUAAACCAUGACAAUCUCUUCCAUUUCUAAGUACUGUAUGCCAGAUUUUCUGGUCUAUAAAAGUCUUGGAAAAUCAGCCUGCGCCUUAUAUGCUCAAGGUCAAGGGCAGGCUUUAGCGUAAAAUAAAAGGGUAAUUGAAUAUGAUUAUUGAUUUACUGUUAUGAUAAUUCCAACAUGCGCCUUAUAUGUCAGAAAAUACAAUUCUUUGGGUUUAGAUGAUACUAUACCUAAAGCACACUAUCAAAUCUUGUUACAUGGAUUAUAUUACAUUUUAGGGCAUGUACUGCAUGAAAGUAGAAGGUAGUGAAAUUGUGUUGUAUACUGUUCUAUAUGAAUGGUUCAGGUCUUGAUGGUAGUGCCAUCAGUUCAUAACCGAUGAACUUGGAUUCAAUCCUAGGAUGGAUGGACAUCUUUCCUAUAUUUGUUGCCCAUGUUCACCUAGCAGUAAUAGGUACCUCUUGUGUUAUUCAACUUUUGUGGGUGUCAUCCUGAGGGGUUCGGUACUAUACAUUAGAUAAAACAACACUGUCUCAUUAUUGGAUAUGGUAGUUUUUCUAAAACUUUGCAAUUACACUAAAUCUUCCCAUUUGUAUAAAAGCUGGCCCAGCUUCCAUGUUAGGAUUAACAAGAUUCUACAAUAGUUAUUAGUGAUGUGUACUAGGUGUACAUUUUAUACAAGCUUCAGAGCACAUAUUUAAUAUACUGUGCUGUGUGAUAGAGACUGUUUUAGUUAUGGCAGUUUUUAGAUCAGUUUGUGCGAAUAUCCAAACAAUACAUUUUAUAUUGUCUAUUGUGAAAGAUUAUUUAGCCCUGCAGAGAUUAAUAUAAAAUAAAUUAACGAAACACCGAAGAAACUGCCGUAGCCAAGAUUGUGUCAAGAAUGCAGUGUAACACGUGUGAAAUAAUCAAAGAGGCACAAACAUAUGGUCUUAAGAAAAUUAUCAUACUCAUUAUUAAUAAUGAUCCAUGAUCAUUAUUAAUGAUUGUAUCAUCAUCGUGGGCUACCACUAAACCUAUAAGGGCAAUUGGAGGUAAUCAGGUUUGAUCUAAGGAAGAGUAUCUCUAGUUUCUGGGAACAAGAGCCCUUCAUCAGCAUUAAAGGGUGUAUUUGGGUAGUGGUCAUUUUCUUUAGGCCUAAAAAUGUUUUAGUAAGAGCACUAAGAUAGUGGUGAUGUGUCCAUUUUUAUUAUCUUCUGGUACAUGAAAGAGUAUACAUAUGAAAUAUAUAUUUUUUAAGGUUCAGUGACACAUAUAUAAAUUGGUUAAGGAACAAUUCAGAACUGCCAAAGUAAUGUGUCCAAAAUAUUGUUAAAUGCUCAGUGUAUCAUAUCACUGAGACAAAUAUACAGGUAUAAUCAAUUCCAUUACACGUGACAAUUAAUCUCACGGUAAUUUUGUGUGAAAAGGACUAGGAGAUAUAUAUUGUAAAGAAACAAUAAGUGUAUCUUCAGUCAGAAGUGAAAAGUCUGACUUCUGAUUCACCUCAUGUCUGCUGUGAAUAUAGCAAAUGAAAGACAAUGCUGAAUGAAAUACAUUAGGAAAAUCUUUCUUACUGUAGUGUAAGGUGAUUAGAAAGAUUUUAUAAUAUUGAGAGUGAAAAUACAGGUUCAUCUAAUGAAGUGUUUGUUGUUGUGAUAGAAUGGAGUGGUUCAUUAUUUUCUAAAAUUCCAGCUGCUACGCAUAUAGUGACAAGAUCAAUGAUUGCUAAUUGUUUCUAAGUUUAUACACGUGCUAAUGCCCACUGUUAUAUUUAUGGUGAAGUACCACAUAGUAAGAAACAAUCACUGAUGACCCGUAAGGGUCAUCAAUGAUAGUUUUUAUGAAAUAUAUUAGCAGACUUGUGGUCAAUUCAUUUCAGUUAAAUUUUUCACACAUUCAUUUUGCUAACUGCACUUCAGUUUAAUGUAGUAAUGAUUGUAUAUUAGAUACAGAAUAGAAAAAAGAGAAAGUCCAAACAUAUCAUAAGGUGCGGCAUUGUUUGGUGGACUUAACUUGUCUCUGUGAAAUACACAUGGGAGGGGAGGGAGGGGGGGUAAUGUGUAUGGCUAAAAGUUUUUUUUUUUGAGAUAUUUUUGCAUAUUCCUACCAGUAAAACGUAUGUUGUUUUAAGUGGGAAUUAAAAGUACAAAGUAAAUUGAUUACACAUUCCCUACACAGUUGUGUUAUCAGCGCUUUCCUAGAUUACGAAGUACAAAAUUAUGAAAAUACACGGUAGCAAACAUGUUAUCAAUAUACUAAAUUACUGUUGCUAAGACAUCUCCUUUACAUAUAAAACUGCUAUCAGAUAAACAUUAUUUAUUAUCACACUGGCCGAUUCCCACCAAGGCAGGGUGGCCCGAAAAAGAAAAACUUUCACCAUCAUUCACUCCAUCACUGUCUUGCCAGAAGGGUGCUUUACACUACAGUUUUUAAACUGCAACAUUAACACCCCUCCUUCAGAGUGCAGGCACUGUACUUCCCAUCUCCAGGACUUAAGUCCGGCCUGCCGGUUUCCCUGAACCCCUUCAUAAAUGUUACUUUUGCUCACACUCCAACAGCACGUCAAGUAUUAAAAACCAUUUGUCUCCAUUCACUCCUAUCAAACACGCUCAUGCAUGCCCGCUGGAAGUCCAAGCCCCUCGCACACAAAACCUCCUUUACCCCCUCCCUCCAACCUUUCCUAGGCCGACCCCUACCCCGCCUUCCUUCCACUACAGACUGAUACACUCUUGAAGUCAUUCUGUUUCACUCCAUUCUCUCUACAUGUCCGAACCACCUCAACAACCCUUCCUCAGCCCUCUGGACAACAGUUUUGGUAAUCCCGCACCUCCUCCUAACUUCCAAAUUACGAAUUCUCUGCAUUAUAUUCACACCACACAUUGCCCUCAGACAUGACAUCUCCACUGCCUCCAGCCUUCUCCUCGCUGCAACAUUCAUCACCCAUGCUCUCAUACAUUCCCCUCUUUGCCUCCAAGGACAAAGUUCUUUGUCUCCACAGACUCCUAAGUGCACCACUCACUCUUUUUCCCUCAUCAAUUCUAUGAUUCACUUCAUCUUUCAUAGACCCAUCCGCUGACACGUCCACUCCCAAAUAUCUGAAUACAUUCACCUCCUCCAUACUCUCUCCCUCCAUUCUGAUAUCCAAUCUUUCAUCACCUAAUCUUUUUGUUAUCCUCAUAACCUUACUCUUUCCUGUAUUCACCUUUAAUUUUCUUCUUUUGCACACCCUACCAAAUUCAUCCACCAAUCUCUGCAACUUCUCUUCAGAAUCUCCCAAGAGCACAGUGUCAUCAGCAAAGAGCAACUGUGACAACUCCCACUUUGUGUGUGAUUCUUUAUCUUUUAACUCCACACCUCUUGCCAAGACCCUCGCAUUCACUUCUCUUACAACCCCAUCUAUAAAUAUAUUAAACAACCACGGUGACAUCACACAUCCUUGUCUAAGGCCUACUUUUACUGGGAAAUAAUUUCCCUCUUUCCUACAUAAUCUAACUUGAGCCUCACUAUCCUCGUAAAAACUCUUCACUGCUUUCAGUAACCUACCUCCUACACCAUACACCUGCCACAUUGCCCCCUUAUCCACCCUGUCAUACGCCUUUUCCAAAUCCAUAAAUGCCACAAAGACCUCUUUAGCCUUAUCUAAAUACUGUUCACUUAUAUGUUUCACUGUAAACACCUGGUCCACACACCCCCUACCUUUCCUAAAGCCUCCUUGUUCAUCUGCUAUCCUAUUCUCCGUCUUACUCUUAAUUCUUUCAAUAAUAACUCUACCAUACACUUUACCAGGUAUACUCAACAGACUUAUCCCCCUAUAAUUUUUGCACUCUUUUAUCCCCUUUGCCUUUAUACAAAGGAACUAUACAUGCUCUCUGCCAAUCCCUAGGUACCUUACCCUCUUCCAUACAUUUAUUAAAUAAUUGCACCAACCACUCCAAAACUAUAUUCCCACCUGCUUUUAACAUUUCUAUCUUUAUCCCAUCAAUCCCGGUUGCCUUACCCCCUUUCAUUUUACCUACUGCCUCAUGAACUUCCCCCACACUCACAACUGGCUCUUCCUCACUCCUACAAGAUGUUAUUCCUCCUUGCCCAAUACACAAAAUCACUGCUUCCCUAUCUUCAUCAACAUUUAACAAUUCCUCAAAAUAUUCCCUCCAUCUUCCCAAUAAACAUUAUUAUAUUCACAAAAUGCACUACAAAGCAUUUUCUAUGAUUGUACAGUUAUUAUAAUCAAAACUAAGCACUAAACCCAUCUGGGUCAUACAGUCUGUGGUUGUAUACUGUGUGGAAUUUUUAUACAGAAAUAAUUAUAUUUGUAUAAUUUUAUUAACUUACAAUACUUUUGUCUAUUAAUUUAGUAAAAUAAAAACAAAGGCUAGCAAUGACUGGUCUUGUCACAGAAUUCCUCAGUCCAUUGUAGCAUUUGGGAUUAAAGAAGAAAGUUGUAAAGGGUCCAUGACUUACAACAUUCCUUUUUAUUACAAAACAGUUACGUGAUCACAGUUUUUUGUUAUAAUUUUCCAAUAGUUUUAGACUCCUGUGCAAUAGAGCUUUUGCAGCGGUGAAGCACAAAUUAGAAAAAAAUAGUUAUGCUGAGUCACACUUUAAGUCCUUCAGAGUAUUUUCAUGGAACUGUAAUCUUAACUGUUCUUAAACGAGCACAGCCCAAAGUUGACUAAUAUAAUUUAUCUGGUUAAGCUUUUACAAUACGCAGUCUGUGUUUUAUGUACACUAAUGGUUAGUAUGAAUAUGUACAAAGGUAUUAUUAAUAAGUUAACUGGGAUUAUCUUAAUAGAUCACUACAGUGUGGAAGGAGAAAAAGAUUAUUUCUUUUUUAUUAGUACCCAGUUCCAUAGUUUUAUUUAUUUAAUAAACCUAGGUUAUGGUGCAACACAUGGUUAAUGAGAAUUAUGUUUAAGGUUAUUUGAUUAUAAUGUAGAGGUACUAAACUUAUCAGGGUCAUACAACCCCUUGGGAAAUUGAAGACAAUCAGGUUCAGUCCAAAGAGGAGGAUAUUAUACUACAUUAAUGGGAAAGUUAUGUUACGAGUGUUUCCUGAUGCGGGUCUUUGUCAUAUGAUGACUCACAGCUGGAGCUUUUGGUCAUUUGACCAAAGCCUUCCACUCCACCCCUUUAAAAAUUAUUAUUAUAACCACUAGCACGUUAAGAGACCAUACAAUAAGUGUCAGGGGCCCGAGACUGUUCAACUGCCUCCCAGAACACAUAAGGGGGAUUACCAACAGACCCCUGGCACUGGACAAGCACCUAAAGUCAGUUCCUGAUCAGCCGGGCUGUGGCUCGUACGUUGGUUUGCGUGCAGCCAGCAGCAACAGCCUGGUUGAUCAGGCGCUGAUCCACCAGGAGGCCUGGUCACAGACCGGGCCGCGGGGGCGUUGACCCCCGAAACUCUCUCCAGGUAAACUCCAGGUAUAAGAUUACACUGUGAAUGGGGAAGUGCUAACCCACAAGAAACAUGUAGUGCCUGGUGAACUGAAGAUAAUCUGUUGUGGUUUAAGGAAGGGAAGGGUCACUCUUAGUUCAUGGCUCAAGUUCUUCACCAGCAUUAAGAUGCCCUCUCUUGUAAUUAGUCUAAUUUAAUACUUAUCCAUCCUGUGGGUGGUAACUGCAAGGUUACAGAGGCACAUAAUGGGUCAGAGGCCUACGUCUCAAAGUUGUCACAGUCACACAAGUUAGUGGUAGCAAAGACAGCGAAGUGCAUCAUGCGUGUACUGGCACAGUUCUCACACCAUGUGUUGUUCCACAACCCACUUAUUGUUAUAUCAUUGAAUAAAAGAAAAGAACUACAUUACUGUACUGUGAUGAAAAUUCAUUCAAAAUUGAUUUGAUAGUAUUAUUAUAAUGGUCUUAAUAUUUGUCUAGUCUUGAGUGUAUAUAUAUAUAAUCUGAUAUUAAAGAUCUUAAUGUA